AUGAUCAACGCGUCGUUCCUUGCCGAAGCGGCGUAUGCCUCGGGGAGCGUGGCGGUGGCGGUGAGGGCUCUCGAGGCGGUCUUUGUCCGCAGCGACGGCCGCAGCAGCGGGGCACUGGGGAGCAGCGGCUUUGACGAGGAAGAGGUCAUGGCGGGAAGCGGGGGUGGUGGCGGAGGAGGCGGCGGAGCGGGGCCCAGCGAGCUGGCGGCCGAGGUCAAGCUGGCGACGCACCUGCGGCUGGCGCAGAUGCUGUACGCGGCGACGAGCAACCGGAAGGAGGCGCGAUGGCACCUGGAGCAGGCACGGGUGGUGGUGGGCUACCUGGCCGGGGCGGCCGAGGCCAAGUACGAGGUGUACGCUCUGCUGGCGCGGGUGUACCUGCUCGGGGCCGAGGCCGGCGCGGCGGCGCUGGCCCGGUGCCAGGUGACCGACGGCCUGGCGGCGGCCGAGGUGGCGCUGGCCGGGACCGGAUGGGGCGAGUUCCUGGCUGGCCUGCGGAGCGGUGAGGAUGUUGUGCCGCCGAGGGGCGGUGCGCCGCCUCCCGAGCUCCACGUCCGGUGGUGGCUGGCGCUGGCGAGUCUCGGGGUACGGAUCGAGUUUGAGGCCGGGCUGGUGGAGGCCGGCAAGACGCUUGCUGACGCAGCACUGGCCGGCGUGGCUGCGCUGCGUGAGGUGAGCAGCAACGGACGCGGGGGGAGGCUGAUGGUGGCCAAGCACGUCUUUGACCUCUGCCUCGUCCACGCCCUCAUCUCGCAGUGCAAGGAGGAGGCGUGCGCGCCCAUUCUGGAGAAGGUGGUGGCCGAGACCGCGGGCGCGGGCGAGGGCGGCGAGGCGCCGGCGCUUGCCGCGGGCAUCCUGCAGAUCCGAGUUCAUGCGCUCAUUCUACAGUCUGUGACGUUGCUGCGCAAGGGGGUGCACGUCGAUGCCAAGGGCGUGCAGAUUGCGCUUGGGCAUGCAGCCGAGGCGCUGGCGGCGGCGCCCGGACGGCUGGAGUCGCCGGUGGGCAUGCCGUGGAUGGAGGGCGGCGAAGUGUUUGCGCUUGUUGAGCUGCUGAGGUGCCAGCUCUACCGCGGGACCGACAUGAGCGUGGCGGCUGCGGCACUAGAGGCCGGGCGCGGGCAGGUCCGCGCGCUGCGGGCUGCGCUGGAGGCCGGCGAGGCGCGGUGCGUGCCCGGCGCCGAGGUCCCACUGGCGCUCCGGCGGCUGCUAGUCAUUGAGCUUUGCUUUUUCGAGAUCGAGUUCCAGCUCUGUCUCAACUCGUUCAAGGUCAAAGAGGCGCUGCUGACGCUGCACGCGCUCUUUGCCCACUGCGAGACGGCGCCGUCGUUCCUCCGAGUCUACCGCGGGCUUCUCCACGCGUGGCUCGGCGACUUUUGCGUUGCCGCCGGCGAGCUCGACGCUGCCGCCAAGCAGUACGCGCUGGCGCUAGAAGCCGCCGCGCAUGAUCCGCGGGUGGCCAUGUACGCCCAGCUCGGACGAGUCAAGGUCCUCCUCUACCAGGCCGCGCCGCAGGAGGCGCUGGUUGAGCUUGAGGCCAUCUUUGAGUCGCACCUCCGCCGCGCCCCGCACUACGAGACCUUUGUGGCCGAGUACGCUCUCCUCCGGGCCCAGAUCGAGACACACUUGCCCAAGGUCACCCUCACCGCCCUCAACUCGGUCAUCGACCUCUUGGAGGCCUCACUGGCCAAAGUCUCGCAGCGCCUGCUCGACGCCUUUAUGGAGACCCAGAUCCACUCGGUCCUCGGCUCGUGCUACUGGCUCAAGAAGGAUACCGAGAAGGCUUCGGCGUACCUGCUUGGCUCGCUCUACUCGGCCCAGUCGUCGCUGCUCAUCGACGCCAACAACCUGGCCCUCCUUGCCAUCACUGACGACGGCGGCGCCGGCGAGUCGAGCAAGUACGCCGAGCAAAAGGCGCUCAUCGACGACAAGAUCGCCUCGCUCCGCACAAAGGUCUCCAAGUCGUCGUACUUUCGCCUCACCUCGUGGGACGGCUCCAUCCCUGGCACCGCGCCCGAGCCGAUGCGUCUCGAGUCGCGCUGGUAG